CACCGCCUCCUCCUCCUCCUCCGCCUUCCGCCUCUCACCACCACGGCUUCCAGCUCUGGCCGUAGCAGCAGCAGCGCGCGCGCGGGUGCCUGUGCCCGCCGCUGCUCACGGCUCCUCGCCGCCGGCUUGUGCCUCCGAUACGUGAGCUCCCCACGGUGCGGCGCCCCGCCGGGGUGCGAGGGGGUCUGGAAACCGGCGGAUCUCGGCCGCUCGCCGCCGGAGUCCGGCACGGGUGGAGGAGUACGGCGACCCGCUUUUUUCUUAGCGAUUUUCUUUCCUCUUCUCUCAGGCUGAGCUCCCCAAGCGCCGUGAAUUGGUAGGACUUUUGUGGGAGGCGCUGGUUUCUGCUCUACUCACAGCAAGUUUCUAAAGACUCGGAAGCAAUUGAUUGUGAAGUAUUCCUUUCAGUUCGGCUUGAAGUAGUCCUCUCAGACCAUUGCCGCAUAUAAGAGUAGCUUAUUACCUUGUAUAGGAAAAAGUAGAAAGCUUAUUCCGAGCAUGUCUUGUUCAUAAUAGACUGGACUCUUUGAUUCCUGUGUGUUUCUGGCAGAUCCAAGUAGCUGACUGGGUGCAGCAUAUGCUUUUUCUAACGUUGGGCGUAUGAUGCACCCCACAAUCUGUGAACUAUCCCUAGUCACUCAGAUCAACGGCGCAUUAUCUCUCUUCCAAUCUGGUUGAUGGGUAGCGCCUGCGAAGCUGGUACGGACGAGCCUUCCCGAGACGAUGUUAAGGGGACAGGGAAUGGCAUCCUGGAGAAUGGUCAUAGUCACAAGCCAGAGGAGGAGGAAUGGAGGAAUGGCAUGGGAGAGGACUUACCCAAUGGGCACAGUACACCACCAGAGCCCCAGCAAACAGAUGAACAGAAGGAGCACCAAGUGCAGAUUGUCCGGUGGGAGAGGUUCCUCCCUGUGAAGACACUGAGGGUCUUGCUGGUGGAGAAUGAUGACUCUACCCGUCAGGUGGUCAGCGCACUGCUUCGUAAGUGUUGUUAUGAAGUUAUCCCUGCUGAAAAUGGGCUACAUGCAUGGCAAUGUCUUGAAGAUCUGCAAAACCACAUUGACCUUGUAUUGACCGAGGUCGUAAUGCCACGUCUGUCUGGCAUUGGUCUGCUUAGUAAGAUCACAAGCCACAAAAUUUGCAAGGAUAUUCCCGUGAUUAUGAUGUCUUCGAAUGACUCAAUGGGUACAGUCUUUAAGUGUUUGUCAAAAGGAGCAGUUGACUUUCUAGUGAAGCCUAUACGUAAGAAUGAACUUAAGAACCUUUGGCAGCAUGUUUGGAGACGAUGCCACAGUUCCAGUGGCAGUGGAAGCGAAAGUGGCAUCCGAACACAAAAGUGUACCAAACCAAAGGUUGAUGAUGAAUAUGAGAAUAACAGCGGUAGCAAUAAUGACAACGAGGAUGAUGAUGACAAUGAUGAAGAUGAUGACGACUUAAGUGUUGGACACAACGCUAGGGAUGGCAGUGAUAAUGGCAGUGGCACUCAAAGUUCAUGGACAAAGCGUGCAGUGGAGAUUGACAGCCCACAACAAAUGUCUCCUGAUCAACCAUCCGAUCUACCAGAUAGUACUUGUGCGCAAGUAAUUCACCCCACAUCAGAGAUAUGCAGCAACAGGUGGUUACCGACUGCAAAUAAAAGGAGCGGAAAGAAACAUAAAGAAAAUAACGAUGACUCCAUGGGGAAGUACUUAGAAAUAGGAGCUCCUAGAAAUUCUAGUAUGGAGUACCAAUCUUCUCCAAGAGAGAUGUCCGUUAAUCCAACAGAAAAACAGCAUGAAACUCUCAUGCCCCAAAGUAAAACAACAAGAGAAACAGAUAGUAGGAACACACAGAAUGAACCAACUACUCAAACUGUUGAUUUAAUUAGUUCAAUAGCCAGAAGCACAGAUGACAAACAAGUAGUUAGAAUCAAUAAUGCUCCUGAUUGCUCCUCCAAGGUUCCAGAUGGAAAUGAUAAAAAUCGUGAUUCUCUCAUUGAUAUGACAUCUGAAGAGUUGGGUUUGAAGAGAUUGAAAACAACUGGAUCUGCAACUGAAAUCCAUGAUGAACGAAAUAUUCUGAAAAGAUCAGAUCUCUCAGCUUUCACCAGGUACCAUACAACUGUGGCUUCUAAUCAAGGUGGAGCUGGAUUUGGGGGAAGCUGUUCACCUCAAGAUAACAGUUCAGAGGCUCUGAAAACAGACUCCAACUGCAAGGUGAAGUCAAAUUCAGAUGCUGCUGAAAUAAAGCAAGGCUCCAAUGGUAGUAGCAACAACAAUGACAUGGGCUCCAGUACUAAGAAUGCCAUCACAAAACCUUCUUCAAACAGGGGAAAAGUGAUAUCACCAUCAGCUGUCAAAGCUACCCAACAUACAUCAGCAUUCCAUCCUGUGCAGCGUCAAACGUCACCUGCUAAUGUUGUAGGGAAAGACAAAGUUGAUGAAGGAAUUGCUAAUGGAGUUAAUGUGGGCCACCCUGUAGAUGUACAAAAUAGCUUUAUGCAGCACCAUCAUCAUGUUCAUUACUACGUCCAUGUUAUGACACAGCAGCAGCAGCAGCCAUCCAUUGAGCGAGGAUCAUCAGAUGCUCAGUGUGGUUCAUCCAAUGUAUUUGAUCCUCCCAUUGAAGGUCAUGCGGCAAACUAUAGUGUGAACGGGAGCUUUUCAGGUGGCCAUAAUGGAAACAAUGGGCAAAGAGGACCUAGUACUGCUCCCAAUGUUGGGAGGCCAAACAUGGAGACUGUUAAUGGUAUCGUGGAUGAAAAUGGGGCUGGAGGUGGCAAUGGAAGUGGGAGCGGUAGUGGUAAUGACUUGUAUCAGAAUGGGGUCUGUUACCGAGAAGCUGCAUUGAACAAAUUCAGACAGAAACGGAAAGUGAGGAACUUUGGAAAAAAGGUGCGCUAUCAGAGCAGAAAGAGGUUGGCUGAGCAGCGCCCUCGGAUCCGCGGGCAAUUCGUGCGACAAUCUGGACAGGAAGAUCAGGCAGGCCAAGACGAAGACAGAUAACUAAGAACCACCUACAUAUCCAACAUGGCAUCUGCUUUGACAGCUGGAGAGCUACGCAAUUCAUUCCAUAGCUGAAAGCAGCUCAUCGAUCCCCACAUUGGAGUGCUCAAUAAAUAAAACCCAUAUGAUUAUUUUCUGUGCCUGACUCCAGAUGAAAUUUGUGCUAUGGAGUGGACCACGCAUUUAAUUUUAAUAUGGCAAUCGGUAACAACUUAGAUGCGAUGGUUAUUUGUGACCUCCAGUUCCCUUGCAGAGAUCCACUUGGACACUUUGUCGAGUCUAAGGAGGAGCAAACCAUCUGACGUUUCUAUCGGAUCAUGAAUGCUAAAUCUUUACUCUACUACUACAUCGAGCUGACAUCAGUGAGGGUUCAACUAUUCAUUGCGAGACAUUAUUUUCAAGUCAAAUAGUACAUACUUUUCUGCUGGCUGCAUUUCUUUUUCAUGUUAAUUUCCGCUGGCUCCAAUUUUGUGGUUGACUACUGUUAUGGAGUAAUGGCAACCCCAGUGCAGUAA